UCGGCAUUAUAUUCUACCCACCAAAACCACAUCGAUCGAGAGGGACUGAGAUUGAAUUUUGGACACCUUGUGACAUGUUAUACCAAAGAAAGAUGCCUACGAUGUUUUGAUGUAUUCGCCUCUCGGGGAUGCGCGUUUCUUUUGCUUUGAGCUUUAUUAUAUUUAGGAGAUAGCGUUCUCGCCAACAAAGGAUGAAUAUAACGAGUAUAACUGUAUUUUGGCAAAUAUUGUACAUGAAGUUUUCCGAGAUUCUUCGGUUACGACUUUUAAGUUAUUCAAAAUUCAAUCUCAGUCCCUCUCGAUCGAUGUGGUUUUGGUGGGUAGAAUAUAAUGCCGACCGUUUAAAGCGCAUGCUUAAGACAGAUAACAGCUGACAGUUUCUCGCUUCUUUCAACAUGGCGGCGAUGUAGAAGCGAUUCUUAGCGAUGUGUUUUGUAGGGGUCGGCAUUAUAUUCUACCCACCAAAACCACAUCGAUCGAGAGGGACCGAGAUUGAAUUUUGAAUAACUUAAAAGUCGUAACCGAAGAAUCUCGGAAAAUGUACGGAUCAGGGAUGAUAUGCACGAACAACCGAACAUCCGAACACUAGAUCGGAGGUUCUAACUACUGAACCACCAGGGCUCUAGCGUUAGUGAAGUCGGAAUUCUACUAUACCAGCAGAGUGUACUACACUUCUGUACUGGAAAGAAAGAGAAAGGCUCGAGAAAGGCUGCGUCCAUUUCACAGUUGUGGGGGUGCAGAAAAUAUAUCAGGGGGGUACAGUUUCAUGCAUAAUGACUGAGAUGUUAGUAAGAUGUUGGAAAUGAGCAAAGCGGCGAGAACGAAUCGCCAAGCUCGCUGGUAAGUGCUCGUUCUUUCUCACGCGGAGAAAAAUCAAGAACAACCUCUGGAACCAGGGUAGCUAGGUGUAAAUUGCAGCGAGCUUUAUAUUCCCCCCCCCCACCCCGCAAUCCGUUAUGGAUUUUAUCGACUAUAUUGACUUCCAAAAUUAUUUAUGAUUGAUUUCCAAAAUUCUAAAUUUGUAAGACUUAUUUUUAAAUGUACAUUCACAAUGGCGAUUUUCGCUGCCCCCAAUCAUAAUUACAAUCACAAGCAACGAACCUUGAAACACAGAAACACACAGAACGGAUCGAAAUCCACCAAUCACAAAUCACAAACCUUGACCUUUUGAACCCGUUAAAGUAAAGUUUUGUUUCCUAAGAGGUCCGUUAAGAUAAUUGACGGCAGCGAAAAACGCAAUCGUCAGUUGGCUUUUGAACUUCAGAAUUCGCAUGUUUGUGAAAAGCGCAGUAAUAGAUGAAUCUUAGAUACACACCAAUGUUCCCAAAAUCUUUGUCCACUUUGAAGCAGGAAAACUUGAUCGUCGAUCUCGUUUCAAACUCUGCGACGAGUUUAUAAACCUCUUGGACGGAAGAAACAUAUCCAAAAUUCUCCGCAAUAUUUUCCUAUCGAAUGUGGGUUCGUAACUUAAAAUUCCCGCCAUGAUCUUCCUGUUUGUUUCCCGGGAAUGAUGGGAUUUGGAAGGUCGCGAGUUCGAUUCUCGCCCGGGACACGAAAAUUUUCGUUGCCCCGGACGAGCAUGGGGCGCGAUCCAUUCAACCAAAAUUUCCGGAAAUUUCGGUCCAAAACUCAAUGGAUCGGUUCGGUCCAACCGGAAAAGUUUCGAAAAAACGGGUCCACCUUUUGAGGUGGACCACUUUUCCCGGUCGGACCGGUUGGAAUUUUGGUUGAAUGGAUGUUGUUUCGAGUGGUUUUGGUGGAUGUAGACUUCAACAUCCACCAAAACCACCAAUAGUGUUCGGGGCUAGAUGUGUAUCACGUAGCCCCAUGAAAUAUCUGAAACAUGUUUUAAAACUUCAUGUACAAUAUUUGCCAAAAUACAGUUAUACUCGUUAUAUUCAUCCUUUGUUGGCGAGAACGCUAUCUCCUAAAUAUAAUAAAGCUCAAAGCAAAAGAAACGCGCAUCCCCGAGAGGCGAAUACAUCAAAACAUCGUAGGCAUCUUUCUUUGGUAUAACAUGUCACAAGGUGUCUAAAAUUCAAUCUCAGUCCCUCUCGAUCGAUGUGGUUUUGGUGGGUAGAAUAUAUUGCCGACCAUCUUCGGCAGCUCUCAAACGACGGAGAUUGCGUUACUUUUCACAGACUGACCGCUUACCACCUGUUUUUGGGCUCGCAUUUCGACGGAACGCUUGCCUUGAGAGGCGCGCGGCACGGAUCUGAACUCUUCUUCACGAGACAUUGAGCUGAAUUUAUCUGAAAUAUGCCACCACCACCAACAACAUGAGCUUUUUUCGGGUAUUUGUCGUUUUUUAUGCGAAAAGUUCGGAUAAGCAGAUUCUCGCAAAAACCAUUUGGCUUAAAAAAUGUGUUUAAAAGCCCACCCUGGAUUUGAAGCAAAAAGUAUUUCCUCGCAAUAAGCUAAAAAUACCCAAUUCACGCGGUGAAAAAAUGGAUGAUUAUGGAAGGAUUAUCGAAUUCGUGCCUAACCUGAGGGAUUUCCCGUGAUGUAGGAUUACGGCUAGGAAAAAAGCCCAUAACCUGCUCCUGUCGUUGUGAAUUUCCUCAAGAUCAAGAAUUUCAGUAAGAACCGAAAACAACAGCUUAAAGGAGGUGCACACACCUUGAACUAGCCAGGAAAAGGUUCUUCUGAUUGAGCUAAACUGUCAUUGAUGCACGGUGCAAUUAGGUAGACCUGUUACUAUCCCCCGCGCAACCACAUGGGGAGUACUUUGAAGCGGUCCUGUCGGGGACUUUCGGGGGUAGGGGGCGGGGCAAAUCGAAAAUAACUUCUCUUUGUUUUUGUGAAGUACAUCAUUUCUCGCACGGUUGACAAGGUGACGGCGGACUCCGUACCUUUGGAAAGGCCCUUUUGAAACAUGUCCUGGCAACAUGCAGGGCAUCACGAAAUUAACGUCAACACCUUGAAUCAACUCCAUGAACAGGGAGAGGCGAUAAGUCCCAUCUUAAAAGAUGCUUGAUGUCUAGACGUGAAUAGUAGUCUGUCCACAGUCAUUUUUCAUUUUGUAUUUCGGGACCAUUUGACAGCGUACGAGUGAACCGGAGCGCAGUAACGUGCCCUAACCCCACCCCAUUGCCCUUGCGGUCAAUAAAUCAUCGCGUUUUUCAUUUUUUUAUGCGCGUUCGAGAACCUCCGAAGGGAAUAUUGAGGGUCUUUGUACAGUUUCAGUUUAUUUUACCGACAAAAAAGAACAAAACAAAGCAAAAGACAAGUAUACAGAAACACGCAGAAGCAAUGUGGUGAGGAAGCCCAAAAAGAAACCAUAAGGCUUAGGUCAUCCCCUUUUCGUUCGUUUAGCGUCGAAUAGGUUUCCUGGUUUUGGGUGGGUCGGUCGGUGGGGUGAAAAAAAAAAAUCACAAGAAAUCUGAGAACGGGAGGCCUCAAACACCAGCAUCAUUGCCGUGGAGACUGAAAACAAGAAGACAUGGUCACCAAAUCGACACAAACUCAAUAUGGCGGAAAAUUUGAUGGUCAAUUUCAUAAAAAAAGGCCCAAAAGGGUAAAAGGCAAAGAGGAUACACCACCGAACGUUUUAUGCCUCGAAAUGAUGUUAUAAUGCUAAUUUUUUAGAUUCCAAAAAAAAUAAACCUUGUCGUUUCUUUUUCUUGCUUUUUUAAAAAAUGCCAAAAAACUGGGUCUUUUGGACGACACUAAACGAAGAAAAAAUUAAUAUAGGUAUUAAGCUCCCUUAAAGUAUAAAAGUAUAAGUUUACAAGGACAGGAUCGAACGUAUACUGAGUAACUAAAUGAUAAAAAUUUGAUCAAAAUUAAAUGAAAGGCUAAGAGCCUAAGCGCUGUCUGAUAACGAAACGGUAAACAAGAAGUGCUGCCUCUCAUUUAAAAGAGACGUGAAAUACUGGGUGGACCACAUCCUGAACUCCCGCGAAAACCGCAAGAGAGGAACGCUCAGGGCUAAGGAGACUAAACAGGGGCGUGGCUACUUGUACGCAUUGCACGUGCGUACCCGAAAACGUUGAGGAAAAAAAAUAAAAUGAAAUAAACAUAACUAAAAAAAUCGGUUUUCAGAGAAGCGACGACAUUAAUUGGAGAACCGAAUCUUGGAUGAUUUAUUUAUAUAGCAAGCUUGAUGAUGUAAAGCGUGAACGCGUUGUUUUCUCCACGACCUGUCUUCGGAGUAGACGAAGUAGGGCACAAUUACGUCAAUGUGUGGUGCUUUUGUCGGUCAAAAAUAAUGUGACAAAAAGGGGUAAAAAGAGUCAUUUGUAAACUAAAGUCGGAGGUGCUACAAGCUUGAUUUUUAAUAGCUGAAUUAAUGAUAAACGGUUGACGUCAAUGAACAUAACAAGCCGACAGAAUUAAAGAAUUUUAGAGGUUGUGUCAUUUCAUAAACAGCAAAAAUGCUUUUGCUUACAACCGUUAACCCCACCUUUAAUAAAGGCACCUUAAAAAAAUGUUGAGAUUUGGGGUGGGGGUGAGGGGGGAAGAAGUAUGAAAAAGUUGGGCGUACCUCCGGAAAAAAUCCUGACUACGCACCUGCUAAAGCCUGAAACUGAACAAGAGGAGUCUUGACGAAACGUCCUCAGUUAUCACCUGUCCGGGGUCGUACUUUCAAGGAAACGCUGAUCAAGAAUCACUCAUGACGGAAUGAAAACUCCUCGUAGCUUCCAGCGAAAAAAGGAGUGACAACAGUGGUAAGCGGUCGUUCUGUGAAAUGUAACGCAAUCUUUGCCGUUUACGAUCUUUCGGCGCUUGGAUUUGAAACGUUGUUGUCUGGUAUGUUCUCGACUCCCGUGUGGAUAUUUGACAUUUCCAAUAUAUUGAAACACCAUGCUAAGGUACGAACAACAGACAUUCACAACAUUGUUUUGUACGCUAAAAUCUGAUUUCAUGGACGUAAAACGUUUUGAAUUUUAAGACUUUUUAAUAUUAGUGCUUUGCCCUCCCUUUGACAACUUCGCGUGACUGGUGCACUUGGCAGGAGUUGACAGCUUAAAUCUGCCUUUCUUGAUAGCAAACGGCAUUAAUUUAUAUCAGAUCGCUGUAUAAGCACGUCUUGGUUUCUGAAAGCUGAUAACAUGAAACCACUAUUGCUCAAACUGAUUUCUUACUGUAUUUUUCCAAGUUUUUAGCAUCGGCCCGCCUCUGGAAAGCUCAAAUUUCAGAAAAGUACUACUUGUAUUUUUUGGCCUCAAACAUUUUCUUUUAAGUUGCCCGUAGUUUUGAAAACAGAUUUUGAAAGAAGAGAUAACGCUCUUUAACGUGGUAUAAGACUCGUUACUGAAAUCGAGGUACCAGUCGACGAUUUUGGGCUUUGAAAUUUGCCAUUUUUUCAUUGAAUGAAAACGUUCAAAAUAUUGAAAAUAAUGAAAAAUCUCCAAAAUAUUACACUUUCGUUCAAACCGAGUAAAUCACCACUUAGAAUGUGCGCAAUUAAGUACUCUUUUGAAUAAGUUAUUUGUUGUCCACAUUACAAUGGAUUUGAAUUUUAACAAGAUUUUUUUGUGACACAUGGUCUCGGGCCUGGAAAACCCGGUCCGAGAGCCGCGAAACCAAUAACCCCCCCGUACGUGGAAAAUAAUUAUUGGAUCGAAGUAAAAAUUACAUUUAUGUUAAUAGCUUACCUAGUGCUACUUUGUGAAUUUUUUUUGAGAAUUUUCGAUUUUUCACUUUUGUAGACCUCUGGUCGAUAUUUACUGACAUCCGCUCUUAAGGAGCUUUAGGCGUUCUUCGUAAGGCAUGUCUUGCCCAAUAUUUCCAAGGGCGCAUUUAGAUGCUCUACGUAGUACUUUCUCCAAGGUGUUUAAGUCUUUUUUAAGGUGCGGACACCAAACUGGAGAGCAGUACUCGAGUCUCGGACGUACUAGACUCUUAUAAAGUUUUGAAAACAACUGAGGAUUUUUAGGACCCACCGUUCGCCUAAUGAAUCCAAGCACACUAUUUGCCUUAUUUGCGCAUUUGUUAGCUUGCAUACUCCAUGACAGGUUCGAAGUAAUAUAGAUUCCGAGAUCCUUAACUUCAGAUACAGCUUUUGAUUGGUUACCACAUAGAUGGUAUUGAGGACUUGAGUAAUCAUUUUUUUUAGAAAUGCGCAUCGCUUCGCAUUUAUCUGUGUUAAAUUUCAGCUGCCAGACAUGGCCCCAAGAUUCCAGGCGAAUAAGAUCUUUCUGUAGCUGAUUGGAAAAAUGCAAAUUUUUCGACUAUAGUAAAAUGACAUUUAUGUCGUCUAAAAAGCCUCAACAUCAUCAGGCGAUAAAAACGAGGUCUUUAAUACCGAAAAGUAGGCUGGGAAGACAUUUUGAAUUUUUCACCAGAAUCAUGGGUUAACCCCUUUGGAAAAAUGCAAAUUCUUCGACUAAAGUAAAAGGAAGGUGUUGGCUUGUAUAUUAAUGAUUCUCUGAAAAGCACUGUUGUUAAAGGAGUAUCUGAUGAAGCCUUCCAGUCACUUUGGAUCGAAAUCGAAACGUCUGAAUGAAGCUAAAGGUUGACAAUAGAUUACAAACGAGAAGUGGAUGUACUCGGCGUAGUUCAAUAUGGAAGCCAUUAUACUUUUAUCCCUUUUAUACUUUUCUUAUGUUGUUGUUGUUGUUGUUGUUGUUGUUUUUAAAUGAAACAGGAAGGAACCCCAGAUUAAAGCGAUAACAUUGUUCUGUGAGUCUGUACCUUCUACGUUAAGAAUAAUAACACGAUAAUAAUUCUUCCUCCUUUUUUUCAUAAACUUAGGUUGUGUACUUUUUUUAAAAUUUUUUUCUAGGUUGUGUACUUGAUCCAGUCGGAGUGUCGGAUAGUAACGUUAUUUCUAAUCAGAGGUUUUCAGCUUCGUCAACUCUUAGCGGCCGCAGUCCAUCUGAUGGCCGAUUAAAAGGAACCAAUGCCUGGAUUCCUGCCACAAACAAUGACAACAAUGAUUUCCUGCGGAUCGAUCUGGGAUCUGUUUACUUUGUUUGUGGAGUAGCAACACAAGGAAAUCCAAAUGGUAACGAUUGGACAAAAACGUACAAGAUAAAGACGUCCCUGGAUAAUGUCGUGUGGACAUUCUACUCUGAGGGUGGUUCCGAAAAGGUACAUCCCUUUCUGCUCUAGGUGAAGUAAUAGCGAAAUUAUAAUCGUGGAGACACUAAUUAAUAAAGGAUUGUGUUUACCUCUUAGCCACGUCAAACCAGAAAUUCACAUGAAAUCCCUUUCUCUCUCCCUUCCAUUCGCUGUCCUCUCUCUUCUCCCAUCUUCACCGUCUCUAGUUGUCUAAUCCUUUUCUUCCUCCCUACCUUGCGUCUUUUUCCCCUCGUUACUACAGCCUUCCUUUCUUGGUCUCUUGCCGCUGUUUGCAUAGGAAACGUUAGGGAAAUAAGUAGUAAAAUGUAAAAGAAACUGACAUACAGGUGGUUUUCCUUUUAAUAUCCUUCGACUUUUGUUCUGCGGGCGGCAGUCAUCGUCACUGUAGUUGCAAUCCUCAUAAAUAUCGUUUGUUUAUAUGUUCUUGUUUCUCCUGUUAACCAUGAGCGGGUAGGGUUAGACGUAGGCUACGUUAAAAAGGUACCAGACGAAUUUCCGACCGGUUGAAAAAUUUGACCAAACACGGAACCGUUCAAUGUUUUCGCUCUCUUGACAUGGAACUUACAAACCAGUUUCAGAAUUUUAAUUAUUUUCAGUUAUUUUUCCAUCUACCCAUGCGCAGAACACUACUUCACGUGAAAUCCAGUGUGGCGUCUCCCAGCUGAGUUACCACGCAUCCAUGCAACCACGCCCUUGCUACACUAGAUGGUCAUGGUGUUCACACCUCUUGAUUUUUCUCAUUUCAAAUGUUUGAACGGCUAGGCGUUCAAAUUUUCGUACGGUUAGCGUGUUUCCGUGCGAAUGAAACACCUAAACGCACGAAUUUGUCUUUUAUCAGCUUUUUAUAGAAAUUUUUGUUAAUUUGCUUUUAGAUAUUUACUGGAAAUGAUGACAAGAACAGCAUUGUAAGAAGUGAACUAUAUGAUCCACUUGCUGCCAAGUUUAUUCGUUUCUAUCCAGUUACAUCUCACAACAGGAAAGCAUUAAGGGUGGAGGUGUAUGGAUCUAAGCAAGGUUGGUCUCUUAGUACUUAUCCAAUACAUGCAGUUCAAAAGACAACCACAGCAUUAAAAAAUGCACUUUAAGUGUCAAUGUAUUUAGCUCAAAAGUACUAAUUGGCGACACUAUUAUUUACGUCUACUACUGGAGACGAGACGCCAUUUUGCCAGGUCAUCCGAACCACGCGAAGGUCUACCCGUUUGCAGUGCAAAGGAAGUACCUUCAUUUCUCAGUUAUUUUAAGACCUGGACUAGUUAUCCGGCCCCGGGAAUCGAACCCGCGACCUUCCUCUCUGCUGUCGAACGCUCUACCGACUGAACUAACCCUGCCGCUAAAUUCUGGUUUGUACAUACGAUGCAAGGAAACUGACUUACCACUUGGUUCAGUGCUUGGUUUUAAUAGGGAGCUUAUUGCAACCACGACGUCGACGACAUCAAAAACCUCACUUAAAGGGAACCUCCACUUCAACAAAAAGAUAACUUUAAAUCACAGGAAAUAACUGUUACAGUCAAGUCAAUCUAAAAUAUUUUUAAAGAAAGCGUUUGUAUCCGAAAGAAAUAACUUUUACAUUCGCCUAUUUUUGUUUUCAAAUUUUGCGGGCGUUGCCAUCUUGAAUAAUUGUGACGUGUAAUGGUUGCCCUAUUGUUAUUAAACAAAAGCUCUUUGUGUCAGAACAAUAGAGCAACCGUAACACGUCACAAUUAUUCAAGAGGGCGGCGCCCGCGAAAUUUGAAAAUGAAAAUAAGCGAUUUUAAAAUUCACUUUUCCUGAUAUAAACACUUUUUUAAGACAAAUUUCGAACAAAUUUGUUUAUCAACAUAAUUUUAUUCGAUUUAAACUUAUUCUGUAGUAAGAGUGGAGGUUCCCUUUAAAAAAACCAUCGGCUCUCUUUCAAACUUCAUCGCUUUUGUUUCAUCACGCUAAAUUUGUGCAAAUGUCAGAGAAUUUUUCUUGGAGUUGAGUUCUAAAGGUCUGUAUCUCAGUUUAAAAGAAAGAAAAGGAAAGUCGUUGUCUUGCGUUCACAUUUUCCAUUAAACGUGAAAUUAAUGCACGUGCAAAGUUCUUGUUUUGCUUAUCUAAGGGCCCGUCCACACGUAUUCGUUUUUGUUUGAAAACGGAUAAUUUUUUCCCUGGUUAAGCGUACCGUACACACUCACUAAUGCAGUGAAAACGGUCACCGAAAACGCACCAUUUCAAUAACGCUCUCCAGUGUAGAGAUUUUUGAAAACGUCGGCUUUUCUUUUAUCUGUGGACGGGCGAAAACGGUUUCGAAUUCGGAAUACGAUGAUGUCAUGCAUCAUUUAUUUCUAGCUUAACGCAUGCUCAAUAAUGAAGCUAUUGUAUUUCCAUCGUUUUAGCGUUUUCGUGUGGACGGGCGACUAAGGCUGCGUGCAAACGGACGCCACAACUCCCAACAUUGCUGCGCCCACAAUGUUGGGAGUUGUUGCGUGCGUGUUGGCAGUUGUCUUGCAAACGGAUCAAAAAACUCCCAACAAUGUUGGGACCUGCAGUGCAUCGUGGGAAGGAUAUAACUCAUAAGUCUUUGUAAACCAUGCGUAAUGAGCGUGCGUGGCCCCAACAAUGUUGGAAGAGCUGUGCAAACAGAUCCAACAUUGUCGCGCUACGCUUCGGCGAUCAGGGAACAAAAGAAAUAUUAGGAGUUGUUGACUGAAAAGUUUGACUGGUUUCAAACUUUGCGCAACAACAUCUAACAGGGCGUACAAACGGACGCAACAUGUAACAUCCAACAAUGUUGGGAGUUGUUGGUCAACAAUGUGGCGUCCGUUUGCACGCAGCCUAAGAUUCGAAUAUGCCAUACAUGUGGUUGCGUAUUUGUUUGAAAACGGAGGAAAAAAAUCUCGGUAAUCAAAAAGAUCCGGAUACAUGUGGACGGAACUAAACCUAUUCCUUUUUUUGCCGUUGUUGUUCCCGUCUGAGUCCGUCGUCGUUGCUUAGGCUUCCUAAUUACUGCCUGACCAAUCUUUGUACAUCCAUGCUUAUUUCACGUUUUCUUGUUUCCUCUCUGUUUAGUUUUCUCCUUUACUUUAGAAAAAGGGUGCUUUAAAUAAUUGGAUUUACUAUAUUGAUUUUGUCCCUCCUCGUUUGUUUCCUUCUUUGUCAUUGUAACUAAUAUGGAAUGGGUGGAAAUUUAAAAAAGAGUUUAAAAACUCAGUAAUAACUCAUAAAGAAAAAAAAAGAGAAAUUUUGAAAGUUUAAUGAGUGUCUUUACAGGAGCACCCUACGACUGUUUUCUUUGAAAUAUCUGUUCGGAGAAGCAAAUAUUGUCUAGAUUUUUUUAGAUGACCGUUCCAUUCAUGAACAAUUUUUGAAGGCUAUCUAAUAAAUUCCCUACGAUUUUGUGAAGUUAAUUUUUUUCCAUUUCACCCCCCAGGUUAAGCCUUUUUUUUUAGUAGAGAAAAGACACUUAAACUUUUUGGAACCAAAAAUGCGAUGCAGACAAAAACUUUCGUAAAACUCUAAAUUGCAGCUAAAAUGUUCGGAAAAAUAAUGCUGAAGCCCUUGUAAUUUUGAAAAGACUCAAGUUGCCCUAGGAUGACCGAACAAAUAACAAUUUUUAGCGCUACUUAGAAUACAUUUCUAGAAAUCUUAAAGUACCCUGGAUAGCCCAAUAAGUGUUUCAAUGCAUUUAGGAGGAAACCGUCGUUGGGUGUCCUUGUCUUUAUACCCGAUAAAGACACGGCUAAACUUUACUUCCAAUUUUUUAGACCAAAUAACCCCAAAUCUAAAUAUCAGUGCAAGAGUGAGUUGAUCUAUAUCGGAAAUUUUGAAGUCGUUCAAAAACUCGCAGUCUGUAUUAUCAGGUUUAAAACCAGAUAAUCGAAAACUGCUCGUUUUUUAAACAGUACAUAAAAAUUCUUAAUAAAAAUGCCAUAUUUCUUGAUGUUUUUACAGGUUGCUUUGAAUCGUUUAAGAAUGAACGAUUUCUCACGAGAAAUUUUACAAUUACAGCAUCCUCAGAACUUACUAGUCAUAUAGCUUCUUAUAGUCGCCUUUAUGGUACUGACGGUUGGUGCAGCUCUUCAUUAUCCCUACCUCAGUACCUGCAGGCUGAUUUCGGACAAAUUGUAACAGUCACAGGCGUGGCCACUCAGGGAGAUGCUCAAAGAGACAACUGGGUGACAUAUUAUUUAAUCCGCUACGGAUACGAUGGUAAAACAUGGAUUAGUUACGAAACUGGACAGGUAAAUUUGUAAUAUGUAUUCAUAUAUCUGUCUGGAUUUGCUUAAGGGGACCUCCAGGAGUUUUUCCCAGACAUUCUCAUUUAGGGCUUGUUUCCUUUACGUUUUUCCUUUGUUAUAACAUUUCGAAUAAACAAAUCCUCUAAAAAGCUGCAGUAGACAUAAAAUCAGGCUCAUCCUCGGUGUAAAAGCCUGUGAAACUCACGAGUGACGUUAAACAAUGAAUACAAAGAAGCCACUGAGAAGCCAACACAAUCGAGCCAAGGAAAAUAAAAGCUGGAAAACAAAGAAAAACUUCACAGGUUUUUACACUGAGAUAAACCCGAAAAUCAUGUGUUUAUAAUGCUGUCUGCAUCUUUCUUCAUUCUCCUCCCCCGGCCCUACCACGAACACCACUACCUGCGAUUAUUUCCCACAAUUCUCAUUUUUGUGUGAUAAAACAAUCGUACUUGAAAUCAGCGCGCGCGAUAGAAGUUGUUCUCUGUGGUCGGUUAAUUUUCUAGUUUUCCUUUUGGCCGCCUGGGGCAAAGUUUUCCGGAAGGCAUUAUUAAACCCUAUGAAGGAACAAGUCUCAAGACUGGCAAGCAUCCAAUUGCCGUCGUCUAGUGUUACCGCAUUUCGUCUCAUUUUUGCUACACGGGUGAAACACUGACCAAGGGCUCGAGACAGAAAAGUAUCAUAUUGCGAGCUUUGUUGUAAGCGGUGGCGAGUCUCUGGCCUCAAAACGUAGAUUGUAGGAGUCGAACAAUGCAUCAAUUUGUAGUCCGAUAUUGUCCGAUUACAGCCUGUAAUUUGAAACUCCGCAAUGAACCUCUUUGUACAGUAACUGUCUGUGACUAUCUAACGUACUAAAUAUUCAAAGGAAAUGCAGAUUCAUUCACAUUUAUAGCUUAAAACUUUCAAGUAGACUUAAAGUGAGUAAAAACAAAAUCACACACCUUUUAACUAAUGACUGUUUAAAUCUUACCUUCUGUCGGACAUAAUGUCAGUAGACAGAUCAAACAGAGAAGAUUAUUAUUUUGAAGCUGAAGAUUUACUCAGUGCUUAAUGUAUCCCUGACAACUUUGCUUGUUUGUUCGUUAAUUACCGGGACUUUCGAGGAACGGGCCCCAUGAACGGACAUUUGCAACCCCGUUUAGGCUGACUCGUCCCCAGUCACGAGAAGCGUGAACGAAGGGAGCGCGAGGGGUGAUGGGAAGGAGAAAAAGGAGAAGGAGCGCUCCCCUUCAGCCGAUUUGGGAAUAUACCACACAGAAUGUGGUCUCCUGUAAAUAAAAUUAUUUGUAUAUCUCCACUUACUUUGUUCUUGAUCUACCACUCAGCAUUUGACUGGAAACAGCAACAGAAGUACCAUUGUUGUCCACUGGUUUGCUCCCCCAUUUGCAGCGCAAUAUGUCAGAAUUUUUCCCAAAACAUAUACUGGUGCAAUAUGUAUGAGAAUGGACUUGUUUGGCUGUAAGGAUUGUAAGUAUAAUUUGUUAGAGGGGGAUUUGUAAAAAUUGGAAUUAAUGGAUACAUGUGCUGCCGUAUACAGCCAAUAAUUAAUAGUAAUAAUAAUUAAAAAUUUAUAACGCGCCUUUUCCAUGCAAAUAUGAUCAAAAGUGCGUUACAAUGCCCUGGAUGUUGAAAAAGAAAAUAAAAGCUCAAAUGUACAUAGCAAUAUAAGCUAAAAAGUGAAUUAAGCGUGAAAAAUUUGAAUAAUCAAACGAGCUUAAUCUUGUCAUGCAACCUUACUAUCGCACGCAGCGGUUUUUGUCUCUUCACACAACGUUCCUCCCCAUCUUGCUUCCUCGGUUAACCAAUGAGAACAAGGAAUGUGCCUCAUCUUACCCGCUAGCCACAUAAAAAGUACUUUAGUGCUAUUUGGUAUGAUGCAGCACUUUCUCGCCUGCGCAAGGGAAAUGGGAUUGAGACAUCUACUGGCAGGCUAACUGCUGUCGUCGAAAACGGCGCCAUCUGCAUUUAAGAGUGAAGUUUGUAUCGUAAUGCAAACCUUUUUGCCAGUAGACAGUGUUUGUAUAGGUUGUCCUACAACUUCGAGUUCAAUUUGCAAUUUCUCACACACCACUGGUAGCCAUGCCAAGCCGACCGCCGCAGCCUGACCUUUGUUUUAAACUCAAAAAAUGCAUACAUAUCAUAACCUAAGAAAGGUAGGGCGCUAACAAAACUACAAAGUUGCACCGUACAUUUAACAGCAUACAAAACUGAAAUCUUAGGCUGGGUGGGUGGGAAGGUCAGUAAUGGCGGACGCAACAAAAGCAACUGCCCGCCCUUCAGUCACAUGACCUAUACCCAGGCUCCCAGCGGUGUGUGAGAAAAACAUUUUCCACUUAAUUCGUUACACUCAGCCAGUGGAAAAUUACCCUUAUUUGCACGAGUGUGUUUUUCAAAAAAGUAUCAAACGGGCAAAAAUUCACUGGAUCAAAAUUCGUCCACAAAACAUCCCCGCAAUGCAAUUUGAUCGACGCAACACCUGAACCCAGUCUCACGCGCAACCUCAAAGUGGCCAAUAAAGAUUUGUGGCCCCUGAUUGGUUAUUAAACAAUUGUAUUGUUUUUUUGCCAAUCACAAUGCUGCAUUCACUGAUAAUUGAAUUAUAUUUCCUCGUUUUUGUACUCUGUUUACUUACAGGCUCUUUACAGUCCCCUAUUUUUCCUUGAGUUCAUCGAGAUCGACCGCUCUGCAUUACGGGCGGCCAUAUAUCUUGGAUUUGUAUCUAAUCUACUUUCUCGCCUCCCUCCCCCCGCAUUCUAAACCCCGGCUCGAUCUUGAAACUGCAUUACUGCUCUCAGCCAAUCAGAUUCAAUAAGCCUAAUGGAGUGUAAAAUUGAGAUAUUGUAUUAGAUAAGUUUGCCUAACUUAUUUCUUGUCGUCUUUUCAUUAAAUAUUUUCUUGUCUCUUUCAGACCAAGUUUCGUUGCCGUUAAACGUUGAUCUUGAUGAUGUUGGUGUGAUAGCCGACACUAGUCAAUCUGUGACCCUGACCUGUGUGGCUAGUUACAGCCCUCGACAACCCUCUGGGUAUAGUUGGAGCAAAGAUGGAGCGGGACUGUCUGACACAACCUCCUCUCUUACCAUACCAUACAACAAUGCCAGUAAUAUCUACAGUAACUCUUGUACAAGAAAGCUCCCUUCAGCCAGUGGAGUCCAGUGUAAUUCAACCUACCAAUGCUCUGCAUCACUUUCUGGAAUACAAGGCAGUCAUCUGACCACUGCAAAUGUUAUAGUGUCCUUAAGUAAGCAACAAUUAGUGCGUACCUUAGAACGGUUUUUUGCUCGUUAUUGUGAAGGUCAAAAUUAAUUUAAUAUACGGGAUCACGCAGUCGUCAAUAACUAACGUAAUUUAAGUCCUUUAUAAGGACACGAAAAUAUUGCAUUCCAACAAUACACGACUAUAAACGGUAUUAUAUGAACCAGGAAGUACCUCCUAAAGAAAUGCCUCAACCUUUAACGUAUUCUAAGUGGGUAACGUAUUUUUAACGCGUUUGUUUAUUCGUUGAUUUUCAGAGAAACCAGGCCAGCCAGUUGUUCCAGUUAAUCCAAGUGAACUUAAAGCAAGAUCAGCAUUAGUCACAUGGUCGUAUAAUCCUGGAGCGGAUGAAGUGCCUGUAACUGCCUACAAUCUUGAGUAUCGAAAUAGUACUUUUGCAGAGAAUAUAUCUUUGGGAGCUGUAUUAAGUAAACGGAUUAUCAACCUCAAGCCAUACACAGCCUACAGUGUUAGGUUGAUAGCCAACAGUGUCUUAGGAAAGAGUCCAUGGAGUAAUGUCCAGAAUUUCAUAACAAAAACUGCCAGUAAGUGAUGAUGCAAAUUAGAUGCAGUGCUUAGAAUGAUAAUUUAUAUAAUACGUUAUUUUUCCAAAAUAUUGACCACUACAUCGUUUUACAUUGACUACUGUUGUUAUCAUCUAAUCGAUAUUUUCAUUAAAAUCUGAAGAACUGUGACACAUAAAGGUAUGUAAGCAAACUAAUUCAGCGAUUUUUCAUGUAAUAAUCAGGCCCCAGUUGUUCAAAAGCUGUACAGUGCUAUCCACCGGAUAAAGCACUCUCUGGCGGAUAACGUGAUUGAUUUCCGUAAUACUUAUCGAACAACCCGGUCCAGGCGUCCGGUCAUAGGACAGAGCUAUUCAGAUGGAGUAUCAAUCAAUCUAAACUUUACUUGUUAUUUUCCCUUUUUAGAGCCUGAAGUCGAUGUCCAGAUCCGAAGUGUGACAAGUCCUACUUCGCAGUCAAUUCUAGUAAAUUGGCAGGUAAACAUCAGAUUUAUUGUAACAAAAACUCCUUCGUGUCCAUGAGUACUUCGUUUCUCUAGAGCGUUGCCUAUUAUUUCCAUUUUUCUCGAAAGACUCCUACCCAGACCCAGUCGCUAUUGAGGUAAGCGAUCUUUGGGUUCAUUCAUUUCACUGCUUUGUGUAACCAAAGGAAAAAAGUGAAGGCUUGAAAUUGUCUGCAUCAAUCCCGCAAGUUUACCACUUUCAGACCUUAAAGUUUAAUGGAGUUCACUGUUAAAACGCUUGAAAAUAAACAUAGAACGAGAAAGGAGGACCAUGAAAAAACAAACAAACAAACAAAGACAACUUAGACGGAUGAGGGUUUUCUAUUUAGAUAUUUCAUCUGCGGUGGUCUCCCAAUUUUGGUCUCGCACUGACAGUUAUGAGGGCCGUUCCUUGGAAACAAAUGUUUGAAGUUAACCACGGGUAUGUCCGUAUGAGGAUAUAAGGUUUAACUAGGAGGAGGAGAAAUUAUUCAACGAUGUAUUACUUAAACACUAAUUUAGUCAAGUUCAUGUCGUAGACACCAAGCACCACCAAUUUAAACGGACCCUUUAGAGGGUACAGUAUUGAAUACAUGGAAGCAGGGAAAUCUUCCUCGAAAGUCAAUGUCAGUGGAUCAACCCUCAGUCAUACUUUAGAGAACCUGAAGAAAUGGACAGUAUAUUUGAUUAAAAUCGCAAUCAGUAAUGGCGACUUUCUUGGUCCACCGAGUCCUGAAAAGCAAGUUCGGACGCGAGAAGAUGGUUUGUAUACUCCUUGACUUAAGCUUGUUUUCUACAAGUAUCUGUUUCUUUUCCCCCUUAUUACUUCCAGAACAACAAACAAAAAACUAACAAAAGGAGAGAAAUUGACUUUCACCUCUGUCUCUCCCCAUUUUCCCUUCAUUUAGCCCCCAGCAAACCACUGAAUCUAUUGUUCACCUUGCAAAAGCCAAGUGAAACGGUGAUGCCGAGAAUGACGGUCCACUGGCAACAACCUGCUGAACAAAAUGGCAUCAUCAGAAAAUAUGAGCUCGUGUUCACGUACGACUUUGAUGGAAGACAGACUACCAUUACAUGUGAAACUAAUAAUCAGACCUUUAACCACAGUCUAGAUGUUUUCGGUGGAACAGAGUACAGUGUUAAAAUUUGGGCAGAAACGAUUAAACCUGGGCCAACGCUAACUGGAGCUAAACAAGUACCAGAAUACAGUAAGUAUCUUGCUGCUAUCGUUUUGGGCCCCUAUGUGUAGAUGAUUUGUGAAUGUAAUGCGCAAAAAGAAAUUAUUAUGGCUACUAAUGUGGUGACAAGGACAGAGAAACUUCAAAAUAUGAUUCUGAGCUGCCAGCCCUAGCAAUUAAAGAACGAUAUCGGAAAUAAAAACUAAAAUGUUGAUUCUUACGGGAACAUCACUUAAACCAAUUGGAAGUCAUUGUUUAUAUGAAAUUCAGUCUAGUUUAUCCGUUAGUAAAAACUACUUGCUGAGUCAAUCGUGGAAUCUGGCACUGGCCCUGGCCCUUAAAACCAUAAGAUCAAAAUGUGAAUUCUCAUCUGUUGCCCCUACUCAUUUCCCACCGAAAUAGUGGGUAGAAGCUUAUAAAACAUCAAGCAAAUUCAUCAUGUCCGUAAUUCUCAUGACCACUCUGUUUUACAAAGCAUUGAUAUUACAAAAUUUGAUGCUGAUCACUCUUAGGGCUUAAUGGGUGAGAGAGUUUUUAGAUGAAGUUAUACAACUUACAAAUCGCCUUUUCUGGAUUUUGAAAUGAAUGUAUCAUUUACCUCUCUAAGUUUCUGUGAUGGACAUGAGUUUAAAAAAAGGUGAAUUCUUACGUACGUAGGACGAUCACAUUCCACAUCCUUGUUUAUCCCUUUUAAUGUUGGAAUCUUAACUUUAUGAACCAACACGUGAAUAGAUUCCAGUGUUAAAAUGUGGCGGGGUUGAAAGGACGUAAAUGGUAAAAAGAGACAAUCUUAUAGACAGCACUUUCGACUGUGACUGUGAACGACAAACUUCGCACAACCAAGAAAGACGUUUUCUCUCACUUUAGAAGCCCUACCGCGUACAAACAGUUUGGUGACGUGAGAGAAGUGAAGGGAGGGAAAGAUUUCGGAAACUAUCCACCUACCCUCCCCUAAGCCAACAUAACCACUUACUUCGCUCUUACGGCAAAAUGGUGGUUUAGGGGAGGGGUAGGUGGGCAGUUUCCUGAAAUGUAUAAUGAUCAAAGAUUUCAAAGACUAUACUUUCACUAAUUUAUGCCAAUCGCGGUUAGUGAACUUUAUGGUAUGUAUUAUUCCUUGCGAAGCGAGGCGCGGAUUGCCGAGCAAAGUGAGUUUAUAGGGCGCGAUCCAUUCAACCAAAAUUUCCGGAAAUUUCGGUCCAAAACUCAAUGGAUCGGUUCGGUCCAACCGGAAAAGUUUCGAAAAAACGGGUCCACCUUUUGAGGUGGUCCUCUUUUCCCGGUCGGACCGGUCUGAAUUUUGGUUGAAUGGAUCGCGCCCAUAGUCUCGUCGGGCGAGAAGCGCGCGCGCAGUGUGUGAGCCGCGCGUGGUCCUAGCGAGCUGCAAACUCGCAGCUCUCAUCUUUACUUGUAAAUAUGCUUAUUUUAAUUUUUAUUAUUACUGCUUUUAUUUUUUAUUUUUUUCCCUCCGUAUUGCCAGGGAUAAGAACUUGUGAUACUAAAAGAGAGUCAUUUUAUCUUUCGUGUUCCACAGGUUUAUUUUUUUAUCCGUUGUUUUUUUCUCUCAGAACCAAGCGCGUCACCUCACAACAUAACCUCUCAGAAGAUGAGCGAGACAAGUUACAGAAUAACUUGGAAUCCCCUUCCCAGAAACACAAGUAAUGGUAUAGUGAUCGCUUACGAAGUGAAUCAGACGAAGCUUUCUACUUCACGCACUGCAAGAUCCGUGUCCACUCCCUCAGUUCUACAAAACACAUCCGACACUUUUAUCGUUUUAACUGAUCUUUUAUCGUGCUCUGUUUACAAAGUUGAAGUACGUGCCUACACUUCUGCUGGACCAGGAGUCUUUGGCAGCAUUGCCCAUAACAUCGUGACCUCAGGUAUUUGAAUAUAGUCGGGGACAGAGCUUGGUGUUCGCAUUUUGUGAGGGUGUAUAUAGAAGUAUUAGUUAGAGGAACUGUACAUUAUAGAGAGAUGUCCAUGUUAUAGGUAUAGAUUGUAUGAAGUUUUCCAUCUUUGGGACAAGGAGUACUUUCCAUAAUAGAAAGGUGUCCACGUUAUGGCGAUGUCCUUGAGGGGAUUCUUGACUGUACAGUCAAAAGUUCUGAAUACAACACCGAAACCAUAGGUGUAUUACCGAGGUGUUGGUAAUGUAGAGGAAGAGAUUGUUAUAUGUAGAUUUAGCCAAGGCCAAAAGCGAAGCUCUCGUGGGAACUUUCAAGAAGUCAUUCUGAAGUAAAGUUUUCUGAGCCUGCACUCAUUUUAAAACCAUAACUGGUCAACGGAGAACUUUAAUAAACACUUCGCCUCAGUGAGUGGUACAUUUGAGCCCAGGAUACAGUCAUGUGACACUCGUCAGCGGACACCUAUUUUGACAGCUGUCAAUUGAUCAUAACAUGGAUGUCCAAUAUCAAGUUUAAAUACAAUUUGUCUGUGUCUUGGACUUUUAAGCUAGUAAGACAUUUCACAUCCAUUAACGUGAAGAAGGCGGACGUAAAAUUUCUUGGAUGCAUAGAUAACCAAAUGUUCUUACCCAUGGAGCUCCGCCAUGUAGACCCCCUCCUCGCCCCCCGCUUUCUUCCUUCCUUUCCGUGAAAGUUUUUAUUAAAUAGCUAUAGUAAGGAUUACGUCUGGCAUGACCCCAAAGGAAUGGGAGUCGCUUGUACAGUAUAGAAUUACAUGUACAUGCAGUAAGAUAUAGAGGGGAAACUUUAUUGGUGCCUUCAUCCCUUAACUGCAUUUGUUGCCGUCGUUUUUAACAACUACUCGGUAUUACCGAUUUUUGUAGCUCCCGGUGCACCAACUAAUUUGCGUACGGAAAACCCUGGUCAACGAAGCAUAACCUUGUGGUGGGAUAAACCUGGUCUUCAUGGUGAAGACGUGAUACGUUACAAGGUAACCUUCGAAUUGCUUUGUUAUAUUUUAUUAGCACCACCAGUCUAUUAGUGACUGAGUUACUUUUCUAGACCUUUGUUGCAGUCAGUUACAAAUUCAAAGCAAUGACUAGAAUCGAAAGCGAAUGCUGAGUAAACUAACUGAUGUCACAUGACGUCAUCAGCCGUAUCCUUUACUCGUUUCCAGUAUCUGGGACCGUUCUGAAGGGAAAAAAAUCAUGUAUUAUAACGUUAUUAUAUACAUACUGAGAAAUACUCACCAAAAAGCUAUGUCGUAAAUUUUCAUACGCAAAUGAGUUCCAGCCAUCAAAGGAGCGAACGAUGUUUUUCACACGUGAAAAAAAAGAUACGUCCAAUCAGAAUCGCGAACGAUGUUAAUUUUACUAUGAUACGUCUAAUCAGAAGUCGCAGGUGUGUGAGUUUCGGGACAAAAUUCCCGCCUUUUAUAGGCGCUUGCAGCUUGCAGCGCCCUCGCUUUGCGAGUUCUUCGCAGACAUUCAACGAGAAACGUUUUUCUCCAAGAGCUUUUCUCUUCAAAAAAGUGAAAAACAUAUCGGAAAUUGGAGUGGAAUAGUUUCGUGUAUUUCUCAGUCGAUGAAGAGAAUUGUUGAGAGCCAGCUAAACAACGGUGGAAGGGGAAGAACAGAACGAGAAGUAAGCUUAAGUUGUGCUUUUUAUCGGAGCUACUUUGUCUUCUAUUUGAUCCUUACUUACAAGCUUCAGCUUAUUCAAAUCGGCCAUUUGAAUUAAAUUAAUUCAUUUUCCAUUGCGCAUUCAGAGCAAAAUGUUAACAUUACUUGUAAUUCUUUUAUUACCUCAUAUCCUUACCCUCAUUAAUAUAACUUGUCGCACGGUAUUUACGCACGAGUUGUUUUUGUAUCAGAAAUCGCACGUCAACAACUCGUGCGUAAUUAUACCGUACGCCCGCACUUUCCAUGAAGUAUUCUAUAUUUUCUGGAUGGCCAAAAUUCACGAAAUGUUUUGGGAGACAUUUUUAAAGCGGACAAUUGUUAAUUAAACUUAUGUAUGGACCAAAAUCAGGUUGAAAAAAUUUCGUGUCAUUUACACUUUCAAUUUUUUUUUCAAACAUGUCACACUGAACAUUGAAGGAUAUCAGUUUGAGUGUCGUUCCUAGUUCAUCGCAAGUUACCGUCGGUUUAUCUAGGUUUAUUUACCUCAACGAAAAAGGAGACAGCCUUUUGGAUUAAUACGUGUAAUAAUAUUAUUAGUUGAGAAUAAUAAUCCAAAUUCUUGGUUUUUUCGUACGUUGCCCCUAAUUCGUGUUUCUUAAUUAGCUAAGGAAUGGAUACACCCGUAUUUUUCCAUUGAUUGUGUCUUUGCAAGUUAAGAGACACAAUUGAGUAUUCGCUUGAAAUGUUGUUGUGUGGGUUUACUGUAAGAACAAAUAAACAACAUUUUCUCCGUCCUUUGUCAUCAGUUCUUGAAUGUACUUGGGUAACCAUACUAACAGUGAUUUAUUUAUUUAUUUUAAACAAUAUAUUAACAGUGAUUUAUGAAUGGUGCAGAUAAUCUAUCAAGGUACAAAGGAUUAUUAUCCAGAAUUCAAAGCGCAUACUGGAAAUCAAGAAACAGAGUCUGCUGAGUUAACAAUGACAAUCACCGAUCUUUACCCUGGGACAAAGUAUACUUUUGUUGUGAUAGCUGAAACCCACUGUGGCUAUGGACGUAAUAGCUCUGUGGUGCAGGAAAGAACGGAAGUAGAUGGUAAGUUAUUUACUGUGUAUCGUGUGUUCAUUUUUGAUAUGUUCUAAAAUGGUUUACAGGGGCGGGUACAAGAUUUUUCUUGGGAGGGUGCCCCACUAAGGAAUCAUGAUUGCGUAACUGACUGGUGACGUAAACAAAAUUUUAAAAGCGAAUACAAAGAAGAAGGCUUUUGUCUAUGUAAUAACAUAAUGUGAACUGCUGAGAAUACUUAUCAAACAUAUCUGCAUACUUUGCAGAAAGCCACAGGUCAUUUGGGGGGGGGGGUGCGCGCCCCCUGCACCCUCCUCCUAGAUCCGCCCCUGGUUUAGGGGCUAUAAAAACCCCUUGGCGGUGACGCUUACAAAAACAGACAAAUGAAGGACUAGAAAAGAAGAAACACAUAUUAGGUGACGUAACCAAAGUGUCUUGUUUUUUGAGGUGGUGGUCGGGGAUGGGGAAACAGAACAAACGUGGUCAAUCUGUUCAGCAGUUCUCGCCAAAGUCGCCAAAGUGCUUUAGGAAUCUUUGGAUGCGUUUCGUUUCGUUUAAACAAACCAUUAUCCAGUUGAAAAGUUUAUCUUUACUCGUUCAACAAUUAAAUUUGACAUUGGGGGAGAAGGAACCGCUCCUGAGUGUAGCUGGUGAGCUGAAGGGACUAAAAGAAGCAGAAAACGUAAAUCAACUGAAAGUACAGCCCAUUUAUUAUUCUCUGAAUGAAACGAAUACCACGAACAAUGUGCUUUUCCAAUCCGAAUUUCCAGUUUCCUCAUGUAAAUUGUAAAUACCGCUGAUUAAUUUGUAUGUGUAAUCAAAUGGUGACGAGUGAAAUUAGGGAAUAAUUUCACGCGCGUUUUGUCUUAAUCCUUAUAAUUUCCCGAGCCUUCAGGCGAGGGAAAUUAUUAGGAUUUGGACAAAACGCAAGUGAAAUUAUUCCCUAAUUUCAUGAGUAUACCAUUUGAUUACCUAUUAAUAUCAUGGGUGACGAAUUACCUUAGCAAUCGAGAAUUUUUGACUUGUUUAUCCUCAGUUAUCCUGGAUCGUAUCGAUCGAUCAUGAACUCCACUCUCUCAAACGUUUAGAGCUGAAAUUUGGCUUAAGUUUUCAGAAUUUUCCGACAAAAUACCUCUAAGAAUCCUUCUUGAUAAGCUCUUUCGUGUGUUCAGGUUUUCUAAAGCGUCUUUUUAUGCCCUGACAUCGUCAUUCAUGACAUUUUAAAACUUCGUCGCCAUCUUGAAACGGAGACGUACGGCAGGUUGCCAUGGCAAUUUAGUAAUUUCACAUGUGAAAUUACAAAUUAACGCUGAAAUUUCGCUUCAAAAUUAAGGAGUAAUUUGUCACCUAUGAUAUUAGUCUUGUUUUCUAAUAUUCUUUUGUUUGACCUAUAGCUCCUGUGGCGCCUGAACCCCCCAACAUCCCACCAGAAAUCAAAGUAAAAGGGACAUCAGCGAAUGUCACGGUGCGGUCUGCAAACCAAACCAAUGGUCCAAUAAGGUAUCACUUGUAAUACGCAAAUGCAAUACACACUGCAACAUAUACUACUUACAAGCGCUGUGAUUGGUCGUCAUCUAUGAUCUCCCGGAGUGAUGACACUGAUGACCUUAUAGGAGAUUUUUCCUUUGUUUGUCUUUACUUGUCAAUGCAUGGUUUAUUGGACAAAUGUGACAGUUCAUUGAUAAUUUACAUGCAUUUCGAAACUUGGAAACUGACGUCUCAAUCCAAAAAUGUUAUCACCAGCUUUGCAACGUGUGAUGUUACAAACCAUUGGUCUCAUCCACUAGUGGAGGGCCAAUUCAUGGAUAUUUAUAAAAUAAUUACUAUCACCUGUAGAAGCUAUUCCUAGCUUGAGGUUUAUGCUGACUUGAAAAAAGGAGCGGAAUUUUUUAAGACACUUUUUUUACGACACGUUUCUAUGGGUCCCCGACUUACCAACUGUCUAAAUACUUAACUAAUGUGCUGAAACCUUGGACUGACAACCUGGACAUAAACUAUAGUCUACUGGGAACUUUAUUGGCGCCUUUAAGAGAAUACAGAUACCUGACGACCACAAACUAGUGACUUUUGAUGUGAAAUAACUGUUCACCACUGUUCGACUUCAACUGGCUCUGGACUGUACUGAGAACGCAGUUGAGAACUCUACUGAUGAACUAUACCACUACCUACAGUCUACAUUAUGCACCUACUUAACCUCUGUCUAACUUCGACGUUCUUCCAGUACAACGGCAAACACUACAAACAACUAUACGGUCUAUCUAUGGGCUCUCCAGUUUCUGUUGUUCUAACAGUAAUUAUGCAAAACAUCGAGGAACAAGCCCUAGCAACUAGUACGCGAACUAGAGCUCUUUUGUUACGCUAUUGUUGUUGACAACACUCUCACCUCUGUACACAAAGACGAAAUCGACGAUUUUCACGAACACCUUAACAGAUGGUCUUGUUCGUUAAGUUUACUUGUUUCUUACAGCUAUUACCAAGUUUUGGUGCAUAAAGUGAAUGAUUGGGAUGACAAGGUCUCUGACUGGAAGACACUUGAAACAGAUGUAUAUAUUGCUGCUCAAAUUCCCGCUGAUUUUGUGGGUGCAUCCAUGUUUUUUGUUGUGGGAGAUGGUAAAACUUAUAAUGGUUACAAGAACAAGCAACUGUCAAAUGGUCAGAAGUACAAGAUAUAUGCCAGAGGAUUGGGUCGCCGCACAACAAAGGUAAACUGACUCACAACAGUGGUUGACAUUAGUCUUUGUGAUAACAGGCUUUUCUUAAGGCCUCAUCUGGAACUAAAAUUUGGUUAACCUUCUCAAUUUCAUUAGAACCUAAAUGCAAAACUCAAGAAAGUGGUCAAAAUAUCCUUCGCCACUCGCUCAUUUCCCAUAAUACUAGCCUGGGACCAGGCUCCACUGUGGGGAAAAGAAGGGCAUUAAUUUUAACCCUUUAGGUCGCAAGAGUGACCAACAUCAAUUUUCUCCUCACAACAUCAGCAGAUCAUCAAGAGAAAAGGUUAUGAGAAUUACUAAAUUGAUUACCAAAGGGAGAACGCUUUGAUCUUAAACCAAAUUCUCUCAACUAUUCUUAAAAGAAAUGUAUGGAGAUCAGUCUGGAGAAUUUGUAUUUGGAUCUUGGGGCUUAAAGGGUUAAAGAAAAAACAGCGAACAAAGCCAGCCGACCGCUGGUUUUUAUAAUACAGUGUUUGCUAACCAAAACUGUUUUUAAUUUCUCCUGUGAAUUACAGUCCAAGAGAAAUUGAAGACAGUGUUUGUGCAAAAUUUUGGUUGGCAACCGAGUAAGGUGAAUUAUGGAAAAAGCGAAAGUGGCGAAUUUUUUAACUCUACAAAACAAAUACUUCUACUACGCAAAAUUGUAUCUUUUUAUUUUUGUUACCUAUAUGCCAUUCAGUUAGAUUGCAAGUUUGUAAACUGAAACAGUUCAAAGGAGUUUUCCCUGUUAACUCUUCAUGUAAGACGUACAUAAUAUCAUAUUUUUUCGUUGUUAAAAAAAGACGAACGCCUUAGUUUGUGUUGUGCGCGUUUUGUCUUAAUUUUCUUCUCUUGAUGGGUUCUUUUCCCAUUUUUAGAAACGUUCUGUGGAUCAAAACUAUCUGAUUGGUGAUGCAAGUCUGAUUGCACAAGUUGAAAUAGAGGAAGGUAGAACCUUUUUCGUAUUGCCGUUUUUGCUAUAAUUUCUAAAGGGCUAAAGUUUUCAUUGCAAAAUUAUAGAAUGUUAUCUGUAACAUUUGUUUCCUUUCUGAUUUAUCUUAAGUUGUUGUCACACAAUCUCAGUCGCCAACUGAGCCUGUUAAAGGAUCACUAUCUGCUGGUGCUGUGGUUGGUCCAGUGAUUGCUGUUUUACUGCUUGUUGCUGUAAUUGCUGCUGUAAUAUUUUGGAGAAGGUAAAGUUUCAUAUUUUUUGUUUGACGUUUACCGGGCGGUAAAUUCAGUCAUUUAGAAACUGGAGGACAUUUGGGGGUUGCACAUGGGACUGUUUUGGGGCACAAAUUAUGACCCAGUUUCCUGGAGAACCUCUUAAUAGAGACUUUACGCUUCCCGUAUACGGCAAACGGCAAACGUCAGAUUCAAGUUAAGCAUUUCUCAAAAUAGGAAACAGGCCAGGGCUCGAAAUUAAUUUUUUGGCUAACUAACCCUUCAGGUUAGUGGGCAUAAAUUUUACUAACCAAACUAUAAAGUUUAUUAUCCCGGCAAGAAUCUGUUCUUGAAAUAACAAUAUUUUGACUGUUAAAAGUAGCGCUAAAAAUGGGGCAAGCUAAUGUACGGAUGGAUUGGUUCAAAUUACAUGAUGAUCUACAAAACGAAAUAAUAUAGAAGAUUUAAUGCUCAUUUACAAUUUCCUUUCAAUUACGUUACUCAAGGCCGGGAAAUUCAGCAUAAACAGUGCAAAGCGUUGUUUGUUCUUUAGACUCAUCAAACUGCAGCCAGGUGAAUGCCUUUUUUCGAUUCUCGGUGGAAAGUUCUUUCUUUCAUCAUACGCCCUCCGCGUGUGCAGGGAACCUGCUAUAGCUGUGUCUUCCCAUCCAACAAAAGCCUGGUUACCUUGAGUUCCCUGAAAUGAGCGUUUUCAUGUUGUUCGAUUAUGCUGUAAGCAUAUCUUUUAGAACAAUACAUUGAUCGAGAUAGAACACAAUGUUAUACAAACAAGAAACAGGUGUACAAUUUUCAAUGACAGAAAUUUUUACUAACCGUGUCGGGAUAGUAAGGCUCAUUUUUAGUAACCAAACGUAAGAAUCUACUGACCAUUGGUUAACGGGUUACCGUUAAUUUCGAGCCCUGCAGGCUGAUAAAAAAAGCUCAAAACAAUUCUUAUUGAUAAAAAAUUGCGUGAAACUACUAAAUUACGUGUAGAAAUAAUGAACCGUAAACGACAAGUCAAGAGGAAACUUGAUCACGUGGUACAAAUUCGCGUUUGCCUUUUGACGUAAAGGUGAUGCUUAACCUCUCCAAUAACCAAGAUAAACCAGAAAGCAAUCCCACAGUGCAGUUCGAAAGAACUCAGAUCCAGGCUCACGCACAGCCUCAAAUGGCCAUUUCUUAUUUCUGUCGGAUUCAUUUCGCAAGUCAUCGCUGCAUUUUAGUGUUUGCCGUUAACGCAGCGCUAAGCCUUUUUUAUUGGGCUGCCUGUGGCCCAAUCAAAAAAUGAGUCUCGUCUAUGUCGAAAAAAGAAAAGACAAAAUGGCGGACAAAUCUGCAAGAAGGCGUUGCUUGUCUUAUUCUCUUUGCAGUGGGGCCGACAUCUUGUUUUUGGGAGGUGUGGGAGGUCCCUGCUUUUGUACCUGGAAUUUUACAUUCAAUGGAAGCCAAAAACAGUGUUCUUUAUAGUUUAUACUCGGUAUAGGAGGAGCUAUAAACUCAGCGUAGAAAGUAUUAGACCACUACAGCCCAAUACACGCUUAGUAUACGCCUUUUGUUUUCUGAUUCUUUUGUGCGUAUUGUUUUUAAUAGGCGCCGCCGAUUAAGGGACCAGGACUCAAAGAGUGAAACACAUGCGAUGACCGCAGUGAAUGGUGCUUUUGAUACAGUUGUUGAUGCUGAAACAUUGGAAGAGAGUCCCCCAGCAGCUGAGGAGUUAGGUUAGUCUAGCAUCACAACAGGCGCUGAACAUUAUUGCUUGCGAGUCAAAAGCUUUGUCCACACUAUACUGGAUAACGUUUCUUGUUGACAAGAAAAGCUAUUCUGUGUAAUAUCAACAGCACCGGUAUAGAGCUGGAAGAAGUCGUUCACACACAUCGAACAUCAUGCCAGGGCGGUUGGCCGGGAGGGUUUGGUGAAGUAAAUCCCAGUCCUCACUUCUGAAUAUUUACUUCCGUUUUAGUGGAUCCCAGUCCUUUCUCUUACUUGUUCACUUCCGCUAGCCUACGGUCCGUAUACCCGUUCAUACCUACAACAAAGUGUGGCAUUUUAUCUAUAGACUCAACAUUUGAGACCUGUACAGCAUAAUAAAUAGUAUAUACAGAAAAGUACUGCUCCGUAGCUUUCCUUUGAAGGACACGCUUGAGGAUUACAUAUACAGCCUAAAAGUUGAAUCCACUUUGUAUAGCAUAAUGGCGAUACUUACGCUGAUGACACCUAUGGACAUUUUCGUGCCAACCAGAAACGCAUUGUUUCUUUGAAACAAGAGAUUCUAUCGUUUUUCUCGUUACGAAUUUGAAUAACAAAAACAAUGUUGCUAUACAGUGAUGUCUCCAAAAAAUCACCUUCUACAGCGUUAUGAACUGAAGAAAGUAUUGUCCAGUACUCCAUCCAUACUUGAACAAUCAACUUGUUCUUAUUAACAAAUCUUUGUGUCGCAACAUUUCACUUGUCUCUUUUAAUUUUUAGUUGAAGGGCCCCUAGCUACGAGCGAUCCAAUAUAUGGUAACGCUGUGCCAGACGAGAUUGACGAAAAGCCCAAGCCAGUUCCCAUAAGCCGAUUCUCCGAAUAUGUGACCAGUUUAAAAAGAGAUAAAAACGCUGGAUUUACAAAACAGUACAAGGUACGGCCACUUAACAGGCACAAACCAGUCUCCAUAUACUACCAACACUAUAUUGAAGCAUUUUUUUUCUCUUUUAACUAUAGAUGCUCAGUCCAGGUCAACAAUUCUCUUGGGACGUUGCCAAAGUACCCGACAACAAGAACAAAAAUCGAUAUGGAAACAUUAUUGCCUGCAAGUAGAAGUCUUAAUCUUUUUUUUUAGUCGAUAGAACUUGUCAUAUGCAUUUUGCAUGAUUUUUUCUCUUAUUUGGUCUGUUUUGUUGUUUUGUUUUUGUCUUUAGAUGACCAUUCCCGUGUACCGUUGCCAUUAAUUGAUGAUGUUAAGCACUCUGACUACAUCAACGCUAAUUACCUGCAUGUAUGUAUUUAUUUUGUAUCGUAGCAAUUAUCAGAUGGGUUUAGUGACACGCUGUUUUUCAUGGAGAUCGUUGCACCGUGCACCUAUCCCGUAGUCAUGGUGAUCGUUGGGGCGUCCCGGACAUAGCAACCUUUUUUCUCCUUUGAUUUUAUUUUCAGCUUCUCUUAGGGCUUUGCAAAACCUCAACCCUGCCCACUCAGAGACAUUAUUCUCCCAACGCUUCUUUUGUUGGCCCCUUCUUCUCCCUCCUUGCACUGUUUCUUGUCAAAUUGUCUUGGCAAGCCCUGCUGAUCUUGAUACAUGCCCAAACCACUUUAACUUGCGUUUCUUUACCGUGAUUAAGAUAUCGUCGUAGGGCCCAAUGGGUUGCCUAAUUCUGUCUCUGACUGCGUCGUUAGUGAUGUGGUCUCUGUAUAAGCUGCCAAGCAGAUUCCUAAAGCAUCUCAUCUCAGUGGCCUGCAAUUUGUUAGAGAUCGCUACGGUAGUGUUAUUGAUGAGCGACGGUGUAGAUUUGUCACCAUACCGGAUAGCUUAUCAUGUCGACUUCGAAAAUACCCCGGCCUGGUUUGAACAGAGACGGCCCAGAACUGGAACAAGUCGUUCACACACAUCCAACAUCCUGUCGGAGCGGUUGGCCGAGAGGGUUUGGUACCCUAAAUCCCAGUCCUCACUCCUGAAUAUUUACUUCCUCAUUAGCGGAUUCUCGUCCUCGCUCCUACUCAUUUACCCUCUCCGUGGUCUAUCACAAACAGUGGAACCAAAACCUUUUAGAUAUGUGACGAUCCAGUUUCAAGAUCGACGCGGCGUAGCCUCGCUCCUUUACAGAAACCAGGCAUGCCGAAACCGCCGUUCUUAUAUGUGAACCAACGCCCUAUCCGAUGUGCUUUUCGUACCGGCGCGUGAGCUUUGGAGUAGCAGAAUGCACUUGUUUUAUUCCCCCGGAGCAAAUUAUGAAGUCGAAUUUGGUUUAUUCAUGCUAUUUCUCAGACGAAUGUUGUCAGUCUUUCUUGUCUCCAGUUGCUCGCAAUCCCCAUAUACUUUGCUCGCUUUCCGCGCUCAUUCCCAGAUCACCGUCCCUGCACUCGCUUUUACAAACCAGGGAAGCCUAUCGAGGGAGAAGGACCCAGGCGGGGGGCGGGGGGUGCUUCCUAAUAAUAGGCUAAUGGAGAUGUGCGGCUGGAUGGGGUCACAUUUUCCCGACUGGGUUGACUAUAAUGGGGUUGUAAUUUUCAAUAGAGUUACCAGAAUGAGGUCGCUCAUUUUCGGAGGUUUGAGAGUCAGAAAAUUCAGGUUGGUAGGGAUUUAAAUGGGAAGACUUUUACUGCAUUUAUAGUUAAACAAAUGUGUCAAUUCCUUUCAGGAAGAUCUUGUCAAAAGGCUUUCAGGGUGCAAAGAAAGUCAUUUUUACAAUUUGCCUUUCGGGCAAGCUGAAGAUAACAUUUACUAGCACAAACAUCAUUUCAACUAGCCCCAAAAACGUUUUAAUGAGCAGAUUGAUUUCACAGUUGUUCUGUAAUUUGAAUUCCUCAAAAAAAACUUCACUUGCCCUUCGGGCAAGUUACUAACAGAAUUCACUAGCCCGAUAGCAAUAUCCAGUAGAUGCAUAAACAGACAGUGACUAAGUUGGGAUCGCGAAAAUUACAUUCGCCCAAAAGUAACUAAGGUGGUGUCUAUAAUUGGCCAAAAAAUAGACUUUAAAAGGACAGGGGUGCAGAGAGGCCAGCGGCACAUACUCAGCAAACGUUAACCCAAGAACCCCCCCCCCCCCCUCGUGGAAGACCCUGGAUUGCAAAGAAAUGGGUCAUUCUCUGUAUAAUAUUACAUCAAGCGCAUCGCGUACUCUGAUUUUCUGCCAGGGUUAGGCUCCAAAAACAGCUCCAGUUUUAUUCCCGCGGUCUUGUUUUUUCAGGCUUCCUAAGUAAGAGUAUCGAAGACGAACUCUCUGUCUCCUAGCUAGAGAGAGACACUAUUUGACCAUCUGAUCAUUUUCUAAUUGCCUUAUAUUACAGGGUUAUGAUGGAACCCCGAAGUCUUACAUCGCUUGCCAAGGUAAGUUUUUUGUCUCUAAAGAAACUAUUCAUGGUAAGCCCAACUUUAUCUCUAUCUCGGCCUGAAGUGUUACCGAGACAAGCUAACAAGUUUUGUUCUGUAGUUUUUAUUCUGAAAGUGACUGCGGACCAGUAUACAAAGUGAAGUGAAUACAAUAAAGAAAUCGGAGGCGAAGAUGUUUUAUCCACCCACCAAGUGCCAGAAAUUUACAAUUUCUGCCUUUGCUUUUGAAAGUGGUGCGAAAACAAUGAUAGAGUGUUGUAUUCCAAUGCAAAGCGUUUUGAAAGUUACGAUCCACACCUAAUGAAAUGUCCCUCAUUCUAGGCCCAGUUCCAGGGACUUACCAAGACUUCUGGAGGAUGAUUUGGCAGGAAAAUGUGUCAACUGUUGUCAUGUUGACAAGGCUUAUUGAGCAUGGUCGGGUAAGACUAAGUUUGUUUUAACGUCGUUCUGAAAGCUACCUAGUAUGAAAAGUAGCUUUGUGUUAAAUGGCCUUUGUCCUGAAAUGAGAGCAAUUCUUGGAUAGAAAUGUAUUUGAACAUCGGUAGCAGAGGGUAAGCGAAUAUUUUCGCGAGCUCCUUUUGCAGAAAGUUUGUCACUCUGCGUUUGCCAUUAUGGUUUAUCCUCUCAGCCAAAAACGCAUCCCAAAUAAGGUAUGUGACAGCCAUUGAUGGUUGCUACUUCAUAACGUUGACGUAACGUGCCAUCAGUAUUCGUGUUUGCCUGAUAAACGCGGAAAGUACCAAGGGCCAUCCUCAGAAUUUCCGGCCGAAUUUUUCGGACAGUGCAAAUCUCCCAGAAAUUCCUGACACUUCCUUUUCCAUGUGAUUUAUUCAUCCAUCCUGAAAUCGCAUCAUUAUUGAGAUAUUAAGUAAAUUUGAAUGUUUUUCUUUUGUUAUUGUUUUACUCUACGUGCUCCAGACGAAAUGUCACCAGUAUUGGCCAGAUAAAUCCGAGACCUACCACAAAAUAACUGUUUCCAAUCACAAAACAGAGAAGUUUGCUGACUACGCCAUUCGUACAUUUGUUCUGUCAAAGGUAUGUGCCUUCAGUAGUAGUAGUCAACAGCCAAAGUGCACAAAAAUUCCAAAUUUAUUUUGAUUGAUUGUUUUGUUUUUGUCACUUUACAGGUUACAUAUACUGAAAAAUAUAGAAAAGAAUAGUGGCGGGGAAACCUGAACUGGAAGCCUGGGGCCUAAAUUGGGUCCAGGCUCCCCUUAGAUUAGUUUAAGUAGACAUGAAUAGGAAGCUUAAGCAACAACGUCGACGCCAGUGAAAACGUCCCUAAGAAAUGAAUUUGCGUCCUGUCAAACUCUGUCGCGUCUGGUUGAACCCGCUCACUUUGUAAAAUGUAGGCGAUUUUUCCUGGAGUUGAAUUCUUAAGGACUUUAUCCAUGUUCAAAAAGAGAAAGGAAAAUUUAUCAUCGUGUGUUCAGGUCCUCAAUGAAACGUGGUGUUAGGAGAUUUUACGUCGUAGCCGUGUAGUGGACAUCAAAGAAAUGUACUUAAAAGCGGGAUGCACGUGCAGAGCUGUUAGAGACCUUUAGAUUGUAGGACGGGUACGACUACGAGUACGAGAUUUUCUCAAUACUAAGUAGUGUACGCGUGUGAGCCAGCGUCAUUUUGGCGGGAAAAAGUUGUAGCCGUCGUCAUUCUGCUACGAGUUUUCGCGCGAAUGUCGUGGUGACGAAAACAAGACAUCAAAUGUUAGAAGUGUUAUCAUUUUGCGAUCGGGAGAGUGCAACCUCCUUCACUAAAGAUAACAAUGCUAACUUUUCUAGUGAAAAAUGGUAAAAUGAAGCUUUCCGGGGAGUCUAUACUUUGAAAAUACGCGAAAAACUUUCAAGUCAAAUCUCGUACUCGUAGUCGUCCUCUUCUCCGAAUCUAAAGGUCUCUGUUGUUGUGCUCGUAAAACCAAUUGUUUUCAGUUUUACGUCGUCGUCGUCCUCGCGAUUGCAUAAGCUCCCUACUAACACAGGAAAGACUAAGCGAUUUUACGAAAUAAACAACAGUAUAAACUUGGAUACGGGGAAAACGAAGAAUAAUACAACAUAAUUACGUACAAACGUUACUUACAAGAAUAGGAUGACAUCUUUUACUUUUACAUUUUUGAAAGUUCUUGAGAAAUAAAUAGCAUCAUGCAAUGUUCAAGCGAAGAGGUUUCAUUUGGUAACACUUUGUGAUUUCGUCCGCAGAUUUAAAAUAUAUGCAAAAGGCAAAUCACCUCACCAUAUGUCUGCCCAUGGGUGAAAGGGUUUCUAAUAUUUAAUCAUGCAAAGAGGGACAGGUUUUUACUGAAUUGAGGAUAGUGAAUUCGUUUCUGAAAUCUUUUCCAGCGGAAACACCAUUAAGUGGCUGUGUCACGGCAGUCCAGUUCAUUUUGUUUAAUUUUGCCAGUUACUUGCCCUCAGUCGCUAUGGAACUUAAGUGAGCAAAGAAAUUACAUGUAAAUGACAAAAUCAGAGAUUCGAAACAAACAAAUGUCUCCUGAGCAUUAUUUUUGAAGUUGCAAACAGCAUAGAUCAACUUUGAAAAACUGUUAGGCUGAACAGUUUUCGAAAACCCUAAUUUCAACCCGUUUCAAUCUUUUGCCCAUCCGUGGCAUCUGUUGUAUCUGUUGUAUCUGUUGUGUUAAUGUAACCUUCCUUAAUGUUUUAAGCGGUUAUUUUUACGUUUCUCUUAAUUUAACGGGCAUUUUGUAAUUACCUAAUUAGGCUGAAUUUCAUGACUCAGCUCCUUUAAGUGGCCACGUCAAUCAAUCUAUCAAUCAAUCAAUUUAUUAACGUCAAUACGUGGGAUAGAGUUGCCCCGAUCAUCCGGGCCAGAGACUCGUGUAUAAAACGCAUGUCUCGAAGAUACUGCUGCUUUAGGUUCAAUUCUGUGCUGAAGUCUUUACUUAGUGCCCUUACCUAUACACAAAAUGCUCCGGUAGAAUUAUAAAGAAAAAAAAAGGUAUCAUUAGAGAGCACUGACCAUAAUAAGUUUCAAUCAAUUACCAUCCUUGCCAUCUGUGGCAACAGACGACAACAACAGUUUCAAUGCCUAAAUACAGUCUUAAAUAUCAAAACUGGACAAUUAUUUUGUGGAAUUUAACUGAUGCAAAGACACGCUUUAGCUUUAAAAAAAGAUAGUAAAUAGUGUGGCAUAGCUUCUUUAAGUGUAAUGCUAACCAGGAAAUGCGGUACUCUCAGUCGUUUCCAUCGCAAGGCUUUCAUCUUUUAACAGAAGAGUUAAGGGACUUCAUCAAACACUUGUCUUAUUUUUACACAGAGUGGAUCCAAGGAAACACGCCGAGUUCAGCAAUUUCAUUUCCUUGUGUGGCCUGACAAAGGCGUUCCUCGACAUGCCACCGCUGUUCUUGGUUUGAGGACAAAGGUUCGAGCCAAGCACAAGGAUUGUAAAUCUCCUCUGGUUGUCCACUGCAGGUAAACAGCUAAGUCGUGCUUCCAAUUACUUUCUCCGCGGUAUUUCUAGAUCUCUUGCGGUGCAGUAAUCGUUCCGAGAAAAAACAGUCACAUUCAAGUUUGUUUCCCACGAUGUUCGCUGAAUGAAGUACUGUAAAUCCUAUAUUAAGCCCCUUAGGGGGCUUAUUUAUUUGAAGCCCAUUUGAGGAGGGGCUUAAUAGAGACGAGGACUUAUUUGAGAGGGGAGGCUUCUCCAUAAGGAACUAGAAUACAAAGUGGAACAUUUCAAGUACAAGAAGGUUGGAGGUCAUGCAGCCGAGGAUCAGAAUCAAAUCCGAACUUCCAGUUGGUAAAUAAACCAUCCCGGAUCAGCCCACACGAAGUUUUACAUUCGUGAUUGAUUAAUACAGUCUAUCAUUUAUUAGUGAAGAAUAAUUAAGGGGUGAGGGGGCUUAAUAGAGAGGGUGGGCUUAUUAAGUUUCUUCCCCUAAAAAGGGUGGGCUUAUUAGAGGGAGGGGGCUUGUUUGAGAGGGGGGGGGGCUAAUAGAGGAUUUACGGUAUCUCUUUUACGGGGAAAUUUCUUAGAUGUUCUUCCGAUUCGCCACUUAAGAAAUGAGAAGGGGACUGGAGCCGAAGUUGUUUGGCAAUAGACCUUUUUACCGAUACGGCGGCCAUAUUGAAUUAAUUCGAUUUAAGUAGUAUUACAGGAUGCCAAGGGGGCAUGAGCACAUUUCGUUUGUAUUUUCGAACGCUUUUCGGGACAUGUUUUCUUCAAGUUUUCUUCGAAUAAGAUUGUAAUGGGAAAAAAGACCCUUGUGCCUGGUUUUGAUGUAAUAAUGAUCGCCUUUUUCCCGAGAAAUAUACAGUGAAAGACCAUAUUUCUAAUAAUAAACUAGAAAAAGGCGAUCAUUAUUACAACAAAACACGGCACAAGGAUCUUUUUUUCCCAUUAGAAUCUUAUUCUAAGAACUAAAAAUGUCUCGAAAAGCUUUCGAAAAGACAAACGAAAUGUGCUCCUAUAAUACUCCUUAAAUCGAAUUAAUUCAAUAUGGCCGCCGUAUCGGUAAAAAGGUCUAUUGUUUCUGGGAUCUUUACUGAUGACGCACCGGUCAGCUAUUGGCUAGUUCUUUUCAUUGUCCUUAGUAACAGUCCCACAAAUCUUUGCAAACGUUAACUCGACCUAGCGGCACUCAAAAAUCCCGGAUGAACGUCGCGGUAGUUGUCAUGGUCGCUUCCUUGAACUAUUUUGAUGUUUCAAUGGUAAUGUUCCCCUGUAAGCGAUCACACAACGUUAUGAUUAUUCCGCGCUUGUUGAGGUGGAAGGAUUGACGCAGUUGGUUAUAAUUAGUGCGCGACCUUCUGUUCGGGAGGUCCCGAGUUCUUUUCCCAGCAGCGACCACAAAUCCUUCUUUCAACUUGUUUCCUUUCCGCGUACCUUUAAGUAGCUUUAAAUACCCGUAAAACGGAGCACUGAUAGAGAGAGAGAGAGCGAGCAGGAGGGGGGAGGGGGGUAAAAUGAGGGCACCGUCGGCAGAGCUACCGACGUAAAAUAAGAACACUUUACCUAUUUUUUUACCUUAAAGGAUCCUUGUAACUACUGGAAAUGCUUAAUUAAUUAUUUUCUUGCAGUGCUGGUGUAGGACGGACUGGUGCAUUCAUUGUUAUUGAUGCUAUGCUAGAGAGUGCAGAGCAUAAGAAGGUUAUAGAUGUCUUUAACUAUGUUCAGCUAAUUCGCACCAAUCGCAUCUCUAUGGUCCAAACAGAGGUAAGUUUAGUAAACUACUUACGCGCCAUUAAAAUUUCAAACUUCUCCAAAGUUAGCCUAUUUGAGGACAAUGGGUUGUUUUUACUCUUUUUGGAGUUACUUUAACUCUGAAAGUGGAGUAAAAAGUUUAUGUGCAGGAUAACUCCUUUUGGGGGGUUAUUUUAACUCCUCAAUAUCUGGGGUGACUUUUACUCCUGAAAAAGAGUUCUUUAAACUCCUUUUUGGAGUUAAAAUAACUCCCCAAAAAAUAACUCCACUGCAAGGAAUUAAAUUAGCCCCACUAGAAGAGUUAUUAUAACUCCUUGAAAAUUACUGUGUGGCUUAGUAACGAACACGAACCUUACUUGAUAGUUUUUCUUAUGAUUUCUUGUAAAUGCUAGGUUGCCUAAUAACCUUACAAAGGUCUUAUCAUCUUUCUAACGGGAAUAAAUUCCAACAGGAACAAUACGGUUUCAUUUACAUGGCUUUACUGGAAUCCAUAACUUGCGGUAACACAGAGAUUCCUUCUUGCGACCUCCGCGUGGCUUUGAGGAAACUAGCAUCGAUCAACCCUAAAACAAAGACGUCCGGACUCGCUUCUGAAUAUCAGGUAUAUAACUGUACUUUACGAUUUCUUUCAAGGGCUGAAAAUGUAAAAUCAUCUUUGGCGGCGUAAUGAUACGAGACUAUUAUGAACAUGUUUUAUUUGAUCGAUAAGACUUGAAAUGACUGCGCGUUCAAAAGAUGGUGUCGGGAGUCGGAAGGCGGCAGGCAGAUGGCCGGAAGGUGGCUAUUUUUUUACCUUCUCAAUUUCUGCCUAAGGAAAUAAAGUCGCGUAACAAAGAACAAAUUACUUGGCAUGCAGAGUAGCAUGGAAGAGAACGGGUUAAGAAAGCUUCAAUGUAGAGUAGUAUAGAAUGGACUAGUUAAGACGGCUUUUAUUUAGAAUGGUAUAGGAGGGAAGGGUCAGGACAUUUUUACGGCCACUUAUUAGGCGAAAGUUGACCUACUUCCUCGUGGACCAAUGGCCGCGAUAUAAUUUCACUAUUUUUUUUUUUUUUAUGACAGCGGUUAGACCUCAUCACUGCAGAUGACAUUGUUGAGAAGGAAGAUGAUGUCGGUCGCAAGCCUGUGAAUGCUUCCAAGAACAGAUUCCCUGAUGUGAUACCUCGUAAGACCUACCCUCUUGCCCCAGUAUCUGCAAACAAAUUCUCCAUACUGAUCUUCAUACACUCCCUUAAAUGAUUAGUGAGAAGAGUUUGCUCAAAGAUCAUAGCAUUGUCCCUUAGGUGAUCAUUUUAUUGACUCUUAUAACCUGUUGAUUUACCUCAGGUAAAACUAUACUCAACGUAAAUGCAACAUGUGUUAUGAGUUUGAACACCAGGUUGAGUAUGUUCAGUUGAAUAUUCCUGGAUGACAUUUGAUCAGAUUUCUCCACUCAAACGGAUCCAUCACCAUUCAACAAUAGAGAGCUUUAGAUUUGAGGGCGAGAACGAGAUUUUCUCCAUACUAAGUAGCGCACGCGCGUGAGCCAGCGUCAUUUUGGCGGGGAAAACGUGCUAGCUGUUAUCAUUCACUACCAGUUUAAGCGAGAAUGCCGUAGUGGCGGAAACAAGUUAUCAAAUGUAAAAAGUUUUACCAUUUUGCUAUCGGGAGAGGGCUUAACCUCCUUCAGUAUAAAUGACCGUACUAACUUUUUCAAGCUUUCCUGGGUGUCUUUUUUUGAGAACGCGCAAAAACUUUAAGUUAAGUCUCGUACUCCUACUCGUACUCGUUCUCAAAUCUAAAGCUCUCUGAUAUUUGAUGAUGCUGUAACAACAUAUAUGAUCCCUUCAAAUACUGUGCUUAGUGCUGUUUAAGUAACAGUUACAUGUUGUUGGAUGGCAUUGGAUCAGGCUAACCCUUUCACUGCCAGAGUGUUUGAUGGAGUUUUGUAAGGUGACUCUACCUUUUGAGUCUGCGGAUGAAAUCCUAUGAUGUGACCAUUCAAAUGAAAGCUCUCUGCCUGUGCUUUCAUAUUAUGCUAUUUUAGAAAAUGGAAUUUGCAAAUUUGGUCGAAAUUUGCCCUCGGCCACAUUUGGCAGUGAUUUGGUUUAAAACAAGUUAAACGUUGAGGCCACCCUAUUUGGACGGUCCCAGAAACACCCAGCAUGCUGGACCACCUGUAGACUAGCUUUCAUUGGGCCUUGAGAACUAAUUGGGCUGAGUAGAGUUUGGUCACUUCAUUUUUCAUUGAAUUCUUUUUUUUUUUUUACAUUGCAGUUAAUGACUCAAGAGUAGUGCUCAGGGGUGACGAAAAAAACGACUACAUCAACGCGUCAUUUGUCGACGUAAGUGUUUUUACAGAGAUUUUCUUUCAUCCUCGUUUUUGGGUAAAAUUAAACCUUCUGACGGCCCGAAACAAGUCCCGUCUGGCAGUCCUGGACAAGUAGAUUGUCUUGCUGGGGAUGUAACUUUCAAAGCUUACUUGCCCAGGAUACCGGUCGAGGCAAGCGAUCCCCUGACUAAAUCAUUAACUAAGACAAACAAGAAGUGGCCCCUCCCGGCCUGGCAAGCAAAAUGCAACAAUUGAGGUUGUUGCUGGUUGCGAAAAGUUGUUGUAGUAAGUAGAGAGCAGUUCAACUUUUUGUAACAAAAUCUGUACUUGUUGCAUGUUUCACCAGCCCGAGGCAAAUUUGUUUCGUUGCUAGUGAUGUUUAUCCCAAUUCAAUUCAAUUCAGUUGAUUUUCUCUCAAUAUUUUAACUAGUGCUAAGUUACAGCCCUUUAGAUUGUUGCUUACAAUACAAACGUUUCUAUUGUUCGAGUAUGAUGUCCAAGUUUUCAUUCGGUUUUCCACGUGGCCACCAUAACAGCAGUUACGUUUCGUUAGAAUAUAUAUAGGCGAUAUCCCGUCUAUUGAGUGAUUUUACCCAAUCAGUAGUCAGUAUUCACCUAACUUUCAACAACCUGAUUUGUUUAAGACAAGUUUGAAGUAAUAUAUCAAGCAUGAGACGCAGUCCGAGAGAAGAGAGUUGAUUAUUUUUGACAAACUUCGAGGUGUUUCAUGUGGUGAUGAAACACUGUGUCGAAUGCUUGAUAUUACGUCUCAAACAAAAUGAUUUUAGAAGGAGAAAUUAAGGAUGCAAAACUGAGAAGUCUUCAUCUGAUUUCCAAACACUCAUUGUACUUUAAUUUCUUUUGUAUUUUCUUUAUGAAUUAUUAAUGAGUUUGAGAACGUAGUUUAUACAAUGUGCAACAUCGCUUUUCAAUUCAGCAGUGUUGCAAAACAAGUUUCAAGUUAUUGUUGCCUGUUUUGCCGUAGCUUGAAAGUAGCGUGUCUUAUUUUUCCGUACUCAUUUAGACAUUCCGCGAGCGUAAUUCAUUUAUAAUGACACAAGCUCCUCUGAGUAACACGAUCGAAGAUUUCUGGAGGAUGGUUUGGGACUACAAUGUUGGAACGAUUGUUAUGCUGAACGAAAAUGAAGAAAAUGGACAGGUACUAAUGAACUUUUAAUUUGCUCGCUCAUUUGCCUACCUCCACCACCAAAACGUACUUCUUAAAUGAAUUUCAUUCCCUAAAUGGUACACAAUGCUAAUGGUUUCAUCAGAAGUCUGCGCCAUCACGUAGUAGUCGUCGUCAACAUCAUCAUAAGUAAGCUUAAGCGAUGACGACGACAACGACGGCAGUGAAAACGUCGCCAAAAAAUGAAUUUACGUCCUUUUAAAGAUAAUCUCGUCAACUUGGACCCGCUCAAUUUGUCAAAUAUAGGCGAUUUCUCCUGGACUUGAACUCUUAAGGACUAUCCAGCUUCAAAAAGGGAAAGGAAAAUUCAUCCCCGCAUGUUCCUUGACCGGUCUGGUUUGCUACAGGAUUAUAGUUCUGACGUGUUAAAGCGCCCUAUAAUUCCGUCCCUCCUUAUCAUCUUCUUCAUCGUUACUUCGUUGUUACCGUUGUUGUGACAAUAUUAUCGUCUUACUGUAACUCCGUGACACGGUUACUUUUCCAGUACCGCCAUUAGGUCAGUUUAAUUUUUUUCUUGUAAGGUACUUAUUGGGAGCUUCGUUCGGUCCCGUCCAAGGUUAAAAUUUAAUAAUCUCCGUUUUUGCGAUUACUUUGAGUUUGACUGAUUCAAUUUUUUAGUUUUUAGUUUAUAGAAAGUAAAUUUAGGUAGGGUUCACGUCUUUAACUUCCUUUGUAGGAUGUUAUUUUUUUAUGAUACCUUGAAUAAAGUAUGUAUUGGAUUGCAUAUAAUUUUUGUCAGGUGUACCCCAAGUACUGGCCAUCAGAAGGCUCCAAGAACUUUGGACAAUUUGUCAUUGAAUCAACUUCAAAUGAAGUAUUUCAGGAUUUUUCAGAAAGAGAAUUAACAAUUUUCAAGAGAAAGGUACAUGUGCAAGUAUUUGAAAAUAAGCGAAACAAAUCCAUGAUGUGAUUUUCGUUUAACCACGAGGAACAGUCUUGUGCAUUAAGGGGUAAUAGUUGAAUCAAAACUUUACGAAUACAUUCAUUUAGAACAGUAUUACUGAUGUUUAAAUUUUUAAGAUGCAGUGUUGAAAUUAAAUCCAUCAGGUCAGCGUUGUCAGAAGGGUGGGUGGAGGCAAAAACAUUUAUAAGAUACCUAACACUAGACACGUAAACUUGUUUGACAGGCGGUCAAGGAAAUAUAAAGAUGGGGCAUCGGCCGCUUGCGAAAGUUGUGUGGAGCGUUUGGGGAGCGUGGAGAAAUGGAGGGCUAGCGAUUCUUUUCCCUCUUAUUUUUUGCGUGCCCCUCUUUCAACUUCUUGCACGUCCUUAUCCCUGACAAUUCUUUUUCCUGGCGCUUUGCUCAGCCUAAAGCGCUCGUUGAUUAUUUUUCAGGAUCCCAAAGUUGUCCGUCGUGUUCACCAUUAUCACGUGACAGGCUGGGCAGAUAAAAAUAUCCCCUCCAAUCCACAGUGUAUAUUGGACUUGAUGGCCAUGGUGGAGCAGUCACAGAGAAGCAGUGGCAAUGAACCAGUCGUCGUGCAGUGCAGGUUGAUAAGUUUCCUAAUUUCAUACUCGCAUUCUGUUUUACUUACGUUUCGUUAAACUUAUUCCAAAGUCCCUCCUCUGGCCAGUCAUAUUGGACUAAAAUAGUCUGCUGUAAAUCAAUAGCUCUUUUCAGAGCCUUUCUUUCAAAGUGACGCCAAGUGCGAAGCCAUUGAUAUGAAAAAGAUUUUCUAUUCGCAUGCAAAUAAAACUCAUUUUCAUAAGAAUGGUACUUGGCCUUCUUUGAAAGUGGGAGUUUUUGGAACUCGGAAAUGGCUUGUCAGGACUAGAGAGGCUAUGUCACGAAGAUAUUGCCGUUUUAGGCCAAUUCUGUGUUGAAGUCAUUACCUAGUGCCAUUAGCCUUACACAGAAUGCCCCUGAAGAGUUAUUAAGAACAUAUCAAACAAAUUUCAUCCGGAAGCAUUAACCAUAAUAAUUUUUGUAGCAUUAAAACUUGAAAAACUUGGCCCAACCUGUCAAGGAGCUGUGUCACGAAAUUCAGCCAAAUUAGGUAAUUACAAAAUGCUCGUUAAAUUAAGCGAAACACAAAAAUAACCGCUUAAAACAUUAAAAUUUAAAUAAUACAACGGAUACAACAGAUGCCACGGAUGGGCAAAACUGAAGAAGAUCGAAACGGAUUGAAAUUAGGUUUUUUGAAAACUGUUCAGCCUAACAGUUUUUCAAAGUUGAUCUCUGCUGUUUGCAACCUUCAAAAAUAAUGCUCAGGAGACACAUUUGUUCGUCUUGAAUCUCUGAUUUUGUCAUUUACAUGUGGGCUAGGAAUUAAUAAAAUUAAACAAAAUGAACUGGACUCCCGUGACACAGUUCCUUUAAUCCAUCGUCCAUCCUUGCCGUCCGCUGCAACAGAUGACCGGAAGCAGUAUCGAGAUUCGAUGCCUAAAUACAGUCUUAAAUAACAAUACUGGACCUCUAGUUUUGGAUUUCAAUUUAUGCGGAGACAAGUUUUAGCUUUGUAAAAAGGUAGCAAAUAGCAUAGCAUAGACCAUAGCCCUAGUAAGCAAAAAGAAAUUCGAAAGGUAUUCUCCAUAAUUAUGUGGCCUUUUUGUGUCAUGUUGUGUCCUUUUUGUGUAUUGUGCUUUUAAAAGAUGCAUCAGUGUAAGUAAGUGAGCAUGUAAAAUCGUGAUAAAUAAGUUUAAUUUUUGGCAAUGGACUCAGAAAUUUGAAAGGUAUUCAGCUCCAUAAAUGUUUAGGGCGUUUUUAUGUAAUUAAUAGGGAGCUUAAGCAGCAACGUUUUUGAGCGACGCACGUCAACCGGAAGUGAGGUAUUUUCCCUCUUAACAUGCCUUGAUGAUAUAAAAUUUGUAUUCCUUAGCUUCUUUACUGUUAUAGAGGCGAUUUGACUGAAAAUUUGCGCGAAACCACCGUCAAAAAAUGAAAAAAGGCCACUUCCGGUUGACGUGCGUCGCUCAAAAACGUUGUUGCUUAAGCUCCCUACUAUUAGUAGUUAGUGGCGUUGAGGUGGUGUUGAAUAAGAUUGGCAUUAUAUUUACAUUGAAAGUGAAUUUUUCUUUUAUUUCAGCAACGGUGUUGGCAGAAGUGGCACAUUCUGUGCAAUUCUGUCCAUAAUAGAGCGGCUGAAGUCAGAGCAAGUGAUUGAUGUUUGUCAAUCAGUGAAAGUGAUACGGGUCAACAGGCCAAAAGCUGUCGAUUGUAAGGUAAAGUGAAAGUAUUGAUUUAAAACAAAAAUAAGAAUCUGAUUAGAUAGUGUGAUGUUACUGUGUAGAAAUUGCGGGAAAAGGACAUUUUUACCAACGUAAAUCCCUGACGUCACGGUGGCCUUGAUGAUCAACUGAUCUUUGAUCUUGAUGAUCUUUCUUUAGGAAAUGAGUUAAAUGAGGUCUUUUGUUAAGCCAAUUUUCCAUUCCCUUUUAUUCUAAGUUUUGCAUUAGUUAUUGUUUUUAAACGCUCUUGGGAAUGUACGGUCCUCUUAACGGCACUUGAAAACAGGAGUUUAUCCAAAGUUUGAAGGUUAAUAGAGUUUAUUACGGGGUAUUCGAAAAAGAGAAUUGGUACACGUAUUUACAUUUACAAGGUGAACUGAUUUGAAAAGUUGAGAGACUUUCUUGAAAUUGUUAAUUAGAUUGUUUUUGUCCUUUGCAUAAAAUCUCUCUUUGUUGUCUUCCGUUUCAGAAGCAAUACGUUUUCUGUUACAACAUUGUACAAAAAUACUUGGACUCAUUCAACGACUAUUCCAACUUCAACUAAAGCGGAUGGUUGUUGGUAUUAAUAAUAAGCAUUUAUAAGAAUGGUUAAACCUUCAAAGUAAUUUAUCUUCCAAAGGUUAACUUGAGUUUUGUUCAAAUAAGGAUCCUUUUAAAAAGGGCAAAUGUUUUGUUUGUAUAGCUUUUAAAUUUUGCACGAUUAGGUUGAGUUAACAAAUAAUUCUUGCCGCAGAAGACUCAGUUGCUUAAUACCGAAUCUGUCUGAUUAUCUUCGCGAUAUUUCAUUUCUACCUCGGAAUCCUCAAAAUUCUCUAAAUAAUUUGAAGCACUUAACAACGUUUCCCCUAGCUAUCUGGCGGACAGACUGAGUUAUCAAUCGAAUUCCUGGCUCUUGCGGUCCGCAUCUAUGCAGCUGUUAGACCAACCUCGAUCAAUCACGACAACUUACGGGGACAAGGCUUUUUCAGUGUGUGCCCCUAAACUGUGGAAUUCACUACCAUUAGAUUUGCGUAAGUCACCAUCCUUAACUAGUUUUAAGACAGAAUUGAAAAUAUAUCUUUUUAGACAAUUUUUAGAGAGUUGGUCAUUGUUUUGUAACUUUUUGAUUUUAAGACCUGUAAUAUAAUGAUUGUAAAUAGAUUUUUAAUGAUUUUCUGAUGAUUUAUAAUUAUUUCAUUGUCCCCUUUUUUACAUUGUAAAGCGCCAUGAUUUCAGGAUAUGAGCGCAAAUUAGCGGAAAUUAGCAAUCGCGAUGCGUUUACCGUAACAAUAGCUUUAAAAACUCCUGAAGGAUUCUUGUAGUUUUUACCAAAUGAUCUCAUCAUACCAAUUGCGAAUAAACCUUCAGUAGCGGAAAUCCCCUCAGCAGCGGUCGGAAAUCACCAAAGGACUUUAACUCCGUGUCAAAAAUAUAGUGUCUUGGACGUAGUAGUUGUUAACUCAACCUUUUUGGUUAUAGAUAGUUUGUCUUGUUUAUGUCCUGGGAAAAAAUAUAUGUUUAACAAAAUAUCAAUUAAUUUACUUUUAAAACUUGACAAAGACUCUAAUUUCAAGGUCGAGGUAGAUAAGUCACUUGAAAGGAGAAACAUAAUAUAUUGUUAUUUUCCGUUGUUUUAAGGUGUAAAAAUAUGAUAAGAUUUUGAGUUUAUGCAAGGAGAACAUGUCGUUAUCUCACUAUGCCCAGGGCGUUGGUCAAGGAAACCCGAAAAUCACUUUUUAUGGUGACUGGAAAGUGAACAGCGCCAAGGAAGAUAGUUAGUUUUGUUAUUCAAAUAAUACACGUCAUUCAGAGAUUAAGAAAACUUUUAACUAGAGGAUUCUAUUUGUAUUUUUUGCUUUGUUCUCAGCUUAAUAUAGAUGAAUUUAGCUUGGUCUCAAUCUUUAAUUGGACAUGAUAUAUGAAUUAUAGUCUCUAAACCAAAAUUAUAUUCAUAUAAAGCUUUAUAAAAAUAUAUUUGAUGUAAUAAGCCUUUUGUACCAGUUGGCCACGUGACCAACUUUCUGUAGACAUGAAAACAAUUCGCUUAGGAUGCAUGACGUAUGCAUGCAAAAAUUACGUAAACUAUUAAUCUUCCGCCGUAUUUUUUCAAAAGUAGCGAUUGCAACGGCCACUGAGAAUUAAAAGUAUUUGUAUGGGAAAAAACUCUUGCCAUCCACUCUCUGUGAGGAGGUUUUCCAUAGAAAUCUUUGUAAAUUUCAAAAAUUUUCAAACUGACGCAAUAUCUUGUCUUACUCAUUACGAGGAUCAAAUUUCCUUUUUUUCCUAGCAGAAAAUUUGAGCCCUGUGAUUCGUAAAGGAAAGAUUUUACGACAGUUCGAAAAUUUCAAAACUU